AUGGGCUGGUUCGAUAACAACACCGAGAUCGUCGAGAAGUUCGAGCAGUACAACGAGUACUCCGACUCCGGCAACGAGCAGCACAAAGCUAAGCUAUCCCACGAGCUCAUCGGCGGUGCCGCUGCCUUUGAGGCCGCUAAGGCAUAUGAGGAGCACGUAGCCCGCAAUGGUAAGCCCGAUAGCCACGCCAAGGCUAAGGAGUUUAUUGCUGGAGCCAUUGGUGCUUUCGUCGAUCGAGAGGUUGAGACUAAGGGUCUGGACUUUAUUGAUCGAGAGGAAGCUAAGCGUCAUGGUCGCCGACAUGCAGAGGAAGCUCUUCAACAAGAGUACUAG